GGCGGGCGCGCGGGGCCGGGGGCUGGCUGCGGGCCGGCGCCCGCUCCCUAGCAUGCGCGCGGGGGCGGCCCGCGGCGGAGAGCGGCGGCCACUGCGGGCGCGGACCGAGGCGGCGGCGGCGGCACCUGCCGGCCGAGCGAUGCCAAGCGAGUACCACUGUGCGAAACUGAGAAGCGAUUACCCAAGACCCUCCCUGCAAUGGUACACCCGAGCUCAGAACAAGAUGCGAAGACCCAACAUGUUGUUAAAAGACAUUUUCAAGUGUAUACUUCUUGUGUUUGGAGUGUGGAUCCUUUAUAUCCUCAAGAUAAAUUAUAUUAAUGAAGAAUGUGAUAUGAAAAAAGUGCAUUAUGUGGAUCCUGACCGCGUCAAGAUCGGUGUGAUUCCAUUGCAGAGAGCUCAGAAGUAUGCGCAGCAAGUCUUGCAGAGGGAGUGCCGGCCCGGGUUUGCCAGGAAGGCCAUGGCGCGGCUGUUUGAGCACAGGUACAGCGCGGACCUGCCGCCCUUCGUGAAGAAGGGCCCCCGGGCGAGCGAGGCCGAGUACAAGUACGACCCUCCCUUCGGGUUCCGGCAGUUCUCCGGGAAGGUGCAGAGCCUCCUCGAGCUCUUGCCCGAGCACGGCCUUCCUGAGCACUUGAAAGCAAAGAGCUGUAGGCGCUGCGUGGUCAUCGGAAGCGGCGGGAUACUCCACGGACUAGAGCUGGGCCCGGCCCUCAACCAGUUCGACAUGGUGAUAAGGUUAAACAGCGCGCCCGUUGAGGGAUACUCAGAGCACGUUGGAAAUAAAACAACCAUUAGGAUGACUUACCCAGAGGGCGCCCCGCUGUCUGACUUGGAAUAUUAUUCCACUGACUUGUUUGUCGCUGUUUUAUUUAAGAGUGUGGACUUCAACUGGCUCCACGCGAUGGUGCAAAACGAAACCCUGCCAUUUUGGGUACGACUCUUCUUUUGGAAGCAGGUGGCAGAAAAAAUCCCAUUACAGCCAAAACAUUUCAGGAUUUUGAAUCCAGUUAUUAUCAAAGAGACUGCCUUUGACAUCCUUCAGUAUUCAGAGCCACAGUCCAGGUUCUGGGGCCGAGAUAAGAACGUCCCCACCGUCGGUGUCAUUGCCGUUGUCCUGGCCACACACCUGUGUGACGAAGUCAGCUUGGCCGGCUUUGGCUAUGACCUCAGCCAACCCAGAACACCUCUGCAUUACUUCGACAACCUCUGCAUGGAGGCCAUGAACUUCCAGACCAUGCACAACGUGACCACGGAGACCAAGCUGCUGCUGCGGCUGGCCAAGGCGGGCGUGGUGAAGGACCUCAGCGGGGGCAUCCACUGCGAGUUCUGAACACAGACGACCUCACUGGGAAUGCUCCUCGGACUCCGAGGGCCGCUUUUCUUGGCCCUGAGGCGUUUCCCCUACAAAUACUUUGAGAUGCAGCUGGUGUUUUUAACUUUUAAUUUAAAAGACAAAAACCAGUUUCGCUCUUCCCACUCCUCUCCCUCCCGCUACCCCCUCCUUCCCCUCCUGUAUUUAUUUGAGGUUGGUGUUUUUGCACAAAAUUUUGUAAGUUAAUUUUGGGAAUUGAAUUGGAAAGACUUUUUGAAGAGAACUGGGUGUAAUGACGUUUUACUAUCGUUUAAGAACGCUGCCCACGUGUAGCGCACAGGGAAUGUGCCAGGUCAGUGGAGGGAGAGGGGAGUCGGCCUUUGAGGAGAGCCCUGAUACCUGGUUCUGGUUCUGUUACCUCGACAUCUGGGACGAGGUCAGAGGCCCUGUUGGGAGGGCCUCCCCUGGCCUGGUCCCGCCAGGCGGCCUGCAGGGAUCGGCAGGGGGCUGUCCUGAGGGUCCAGCCAGGGAGAGCCACAGAAGACAUGUCCCGUGUCGCGCAGCGCUGCGAAUCGGCCCUGGGCUGCGGAGGCCACCGUCUUCCCUGCAGUUAGGACAACUUUGAAUUUCUUGAGCGUUUUUAACCACCUUCCAAAGCACUUCUGUGUUCAUCUAAGGUGUUACACUGCCCAUCCCCGGAGGCUUACAAGAGUUAGGACAAAACCUCUGUUUUCCAAAGUCGUAAAAGAGCAAGCCCUUUCCAAGAAUGAUAAGUUUUCUGAAACAUUAAAGUGACAUUCUCCCAGUAUUAGCAAUUGCCUAUUUUUAAAAUAUUUUGAAUGCCUGCCCGGCAGUAUGUACCAGGCAGUGUGCUGGUCAAAAGAAGAAGAAAAAAAAAAAGUUUUUGAGGAGUUCUCACA